AUGUCGGCCCGCACGCUGCCGCUGCUCUUCCUCAACCUGGGCGGGGAGAUGCUCUACAUCCUGGACCAGCGGCUGCGGGCCCAGAGCAUCCCCGGGGAGAAGGCCCGCAAAGAUGAAUGGACAGAUGUGGACAGGAAACGAGUUAUGAAUGAUAUCAUCACAACCAUGUUCAAUAAAAAGUUUAUGGAAGAGCUGUUUAAACCACAGGAACUCUAUUCCAAGAAGGCCCUGAGAACAGUGUAUGACCGGCUGGCUCAUGCUUCAAUCAUGAGGCUGAACCAGGCGAGCAUGGAUAAGCUCUAUGAUCUUAUGACUAUGGCUUUCAAAUACCAAGUUCUGCUCUGUCCUCGACCCAAAGACAUACUGCUAGUCACUUUCAAUCAUCUGGAUGCUAUCAAGGAUUUUAUACGAGACUCCCCUAAUAUUCUUAACCAAGUGGACGAAACAUUUCGGCAGCUAAUCGAUAUGUACAGUUGUCUCUCUGCUGGUGAAUUUCAGCUGAUCAGGCAAACACUCCUCAUUUUCUUUCAGGACAUGCACAUCAGGGUCUCCAUCUUUCUAAAGGAUAAAGUACAAAACUCGAAUGGUCGUUUUGUGCUGCCUAUAUCAGGUCCUGUUCCAUGGGGAACAGAAGUUCCAGGACUCAUCAGGAUGUUUAAUUGCAAUGGAGAUGAAGUUAAAAGGGUUGAAUUCACCAAUGGUGGAAAUUAUAUCAGUCCACAAAGGGAAGGUUCAUUUGAUCUUUAUGGAGACAGAGUGCUUAAACUGGGGACAAACAUGUACAGUGUUAGUCGGCCAGUAGAGACGCAUAUGUCAGGAGCAUCCAAGAGUUUGGCAUCCCACACAAAGGAGAAUGCAGCCCCUAACCCUCUUGCUAAAGAAGAACUGAACUUUUUGGCUAGACUAAUGGGAGGCCUGGAGAUCAAGAAACCCAAUGGCAGUGAGCCGGGAUUCCGAUUAAACCUAUUCACAACAGAUGAGGAAGAAGAACAUGCAGCAUUGACCAGGCCUGAAGAGUUAUCUUACAAAGUUAUCAACAUACAAGCAACCCAGGACCAACAGCAGAAUGAGGAGCUGGCUCGAAUCAUGGGAGAGUUUGAGGUGACAGAUCAGCCCAGACAGAGCACAAGCAAGGGAGAUGAUUUACUGGCUAUGAUGGAUGAAUUAUGA